UCUUCACCUUGCUGGUGUAUCUUCCAUGCUCGGUGCCAUGAACUUCAUUACGACCGUAUUGAACAUGCGGGCUCCUGGUCUAUAUUUACACCGUAUGCCCCUAUUCGCUUGGGCUGUAUUGGUCACUGCCGUACUCUUGUUAUUGUCCUUACCUGUCCUAGCUGGUGGGAGUGACUGCCCUUUGGUCGAAGUCGUAUUCGGCCUUUGUAAUCGGGCUAUAUGCUGGGACAGCUAG